GCAACAAGCUUAUGCGUUAAAAAAAGUUAGAGGUUCCUCUUGUAUGUCUUUGAACCGAAUGAGGACAGAGCCCAGCAGAGAUUGCAAGGAAGGGUGAAAGGUUUGGCGUAGAGAUCGGUUCAUCACUGGCCACUAGCUUUCAUAAAGUGACCUGGAAAUGAUGCAAGCCAGAGUUGCACUUCCUCUGAUUGUUCUGUGGUUUGUCACACAGGGACCCACUCCAAAAGGAUCCACUGCAAAUGUCUUAUUCAGUAAACCAUUUGUGACAGUUUGGAAUGCUCCAACACAGCGCUGUAAAACAAAAUUUGAUGUUGACCUUGACCUGAGUGUUUUUGAUAUUAUUGCAAAUCAGAAUGAAGAAUUUAGAGGUCAAAAUGUUACCAUAUUUUACAGUGGCUUGCUAGGUUACUAUCCACAUUAUGAAGACCAGACUACAGACAUAAAUGGAGGAAUCCCUCAGAAUGCAAGUCUAAAAGCUCACCUUGCAAAAGCGGCAAAAGAUAUUGUAAAAUAUAUCCCUAGAGAGGACUUCAGUGGUUUGGCCAUAAUUGACUGGGAGCAAUGGAAGCCUGUGUGGGAAAGAAACUGGGACUCAAAAGACAUUUACCGUCAGAAGUCUGAAGAGCUUGUGAGACAGAAACACCCUGAGUGGUCAAAAAGUAAAAUAACCAAGGAGGCUAAAAUAGAAUUUGAACAAGCAGCCCAGGCAUUUAUGCUUCAAACACAAAUGCUAGGACAAAAGCUCAGGCCAGGAGGCUUGUGGGGAUUUUAUUCAUUUCCUGGUUGUUACAAUUAUGAUAAGCAUUUUAUAAACUAUACUGGAAAGUGCCCUGAUAUAGAAAUAUCCCGCAAUAAUGAACUGAAAUGGCUCUGGAAAAGCAGCACUGCUCUGUAUCCAAGCAUUUAUCUGCCAGAGAAAUUGAAGUCUUCAAAAAAUGUACAGAAGUAUGUCCACCACAGAGUAAAAGAGGCUCUGAGAGUCGCAAACAUAAGCUAUGGCAACCAUCUGCCUGUUCUGCCAUAUGCUAGAAUUGUAUACACUUUCACUAUUGAUUUUCUUACACAGGAAGAUUUAAUACAUACAAUCGGGGAGAGUGCUGCACUAGGAGCUGCAGGCGUGGUUCUCUGGGGAGACGCACAUUAUUCAGCAUCGAAGAAAUCCUGCCUGGCUAUCAAGAUAUAUAUUGAAGAAUAUUUGGGACGGUACAUUGUAAAUGUCACCAGCUCUGCAAUGCUCUGCAGUCAAGUCCUAUGUUCUAAGCAUGGGCGAUGCAUUAGAAGAAACCACAAUUCAAGUGCAUAUUUACAUCUAAAUCCAAAUUCAUUCACCAUCUUUCACCGCAAUGAUGGCAAGAAGCCUGGAUUCUACACUCAUGGAUCACUAAGCAAAGAUGACAUUAUGAAUAUGACAAAGCAGUUCAAAUGUUACUGUUAUAAUGGUUGGCAAGGGUCACAUUGUAAUAAAACAUUAGUAUGACUGACCUGUAUGAGUUAUACUAGGAUGCCUAAAGCAUAUCUGAUUAACAUGCUUUCUAUAGGUUUACCAACAUAAGACUAAAAGUUCAACUUUUUUUUUAAUGUUCAACUAAUUUUGUGUAAUUUUGCAGUAUUUUCAUUAAAGAUCAAAAUAACAUUUUGUUCAUGAAUAAAAUAUAUAUGAAACAUGAGAUUAUAGUAUAGUUUUGAGGGACCACUGCAGCUCCAACCUUCCUAAAUGUGUUGCUUCAUCUGUUUUCUUUGUGCCUUUUUCACUUGACCAGCAGGUAGGGCCGUUGUCUUGAGAAAAGAACAUGGCUCCCAGCAUGUUGCUGUUCUUGGCCCCUUAGGUAGUUUUAUUUAUAUUCUCACUUCUGCUGGACACAGUGAUAUCAGCAUACAUAAAGAACACCAUAGUCAUGCAUGACGCCUGCAAGGACACACCAUGGAACAUAUGCUGCAGUGGCUAUCAUUAUCUCUUCCUAACUGUAGGUGUCAGGCUGUUGUUUUUCUGAGUUCUCCUUGCCUGUGUAAUUUCUGUAAUUGUGGCCUCUUAUAAUAAUUAUCAUGUUUUGAGUUUUGUUGCAUUUACUGGCAGAGACAAAUCUUUUUUACCAUUCUAAAUAUAUAAAUACAUAAUAAAUGUAAGUGUAUUUUGCAUACAUA